AUGGACGGUUAUAACGAGAAGCGUCUCGAUGAAGAUGCCUUUGGCGCCAAGGGGAGCAUCGUCAGCGCUUUUGACGCCUUCCCCAAGAGCAAACCUCAGUAUGUCACUCGCACAUCCGACGGCGGGAAAUGGACCGUCGCCAUGAUGGUCUUCUCCAUCCUCUUCGUCUGGGCCGAGGCCUCGCGGUGGUGGAACGGCUAUGAAAGCCACAACUUUGCGGUCGAGAAGGGCGUCAGCCACCAGAUGCAGGUCAACCUCGAUAUUGUCGUCAAGAUGCAGUGCGCCGACCUCCAUGUCAACGUGCAGGACGCGGCGGGCGACCUUAUCCUGGCAGCCAGCAAGCUGCAGAAAGACCGGACGACGUGGGCCCAGUGGGUGGACGGCGAGGGCGUGCACAAGCUCGGCCGCGACGCGCACGGCAGGGUCAACACCGGCGCGGGGUGGAAGAACCUGGUGCACGACGACGGCUUUGGCGAGGAGCACGUCCACGACAUUGUGCGCCUGGGCAAGAAGAGGGCCAAAUGGGCCAAGACGCCCCGUGUCAAGGGACGCGCGGACAGCUGCCGACUGUACGGGUCCCUGGACCUGAACAAGGUGCAGGGCGAUUUCCACAUCACGGCCCGUGGGCACGGCUACAUGGACAUGGGCGAACAGACGCAUCUCGACCAUGGCAGCUUCAACUUCAGCCACAUCGUCUCGGAACUGAGCUACGGCCCAUUCUACCCGUCCCUGGUGAACCCGCUCGACAGGACGGUCAACACCGCCGAGACAAACUUCCACAAGUUCCAGUACAUGCUGAGCUUGGUGCCGACAGAGUACACGCACGGCAGCCACAAGAUCACGACGAACCAGUACGCCGUCACGGAGCAGAGCAAGCCCGUCAGGGACCGUAGCAUCCCCGGCAUCUUCUUCAAGUACGACAUUGAGCCCAUCACGCUGGCCGUCCGGGAAGACCGCGACAGCUUCCUGCGGUUCCUGAUCAGGAUCAUCAACGUCGUCAGCGGUGUCCUGGUGGCUGGCCACUGGGGCUUCACCUUGAGCGACUGGGUGAAGGAUGUCAUUGGGAGGAAAAGACGCAGCGGUGGCGGUACCGGCUUCAUUGGCACAAAGGGUGAUUACGACGACUAG